AUGGCUCAAACAAACGCCGGUCUGAAACAUCUUUCCAACGCUCUUGCGACCCCCGAUCAGCUCUCCAAUUCCUCCUCGUCACUCGACGGAGUGCCCUCGGAGCUUGAAACCUCCAUUCGCUGUGCCGGCGCGCAACUCACCCAAGCCGCUGGUGUAUUGCUCCACCUGUCGCAAGACAUCAUUUCCCAGGCAAUUGUGAUUUUUACGCGAUUCUGGUUAGGUGCCGAUGGGGGCAGCUUGCGGAUCUAUUCUGCAAAGGACGUCUCCGCGGCUUCCCUUUACUUGACUGCAAAGUUAUCCUUCCAGCCAACUUCGCCGCGCUCCAUCCUCAAUGUCUAUAACCUCCUCCUCUCCCAAGAUGCCUCGCCUCUGUGGUUCGUGAACCCACGCGGGGCUCCGACACAGCCGCCGACACCAGAUAGCUACGUCCUCUCGGAAGGAGGAUACCAGACCGGCCGACUGGUCCUCCUGCGUGUUGAAUCGGUCAUCCUUCGCACACUAGGUUUUGAUACACACGUUGCUCUCCCUCACACCAUUGCCCUCACCUAUCUUCAAACACUGGGUGUGAGUCGACCUGCCGUGUCGCGCCGGGUGCUCGAACAUCUCAACGCUGCACUACUCUCGCCUCAACUGCUCUACGUAACACACCAGCCGAAUGCGCUUGCCGUGGCAGCUAUCUAUCUUGCUACGCGGGAGGAAGGGGUGAAGCUGGUAGAUGGAGAAUGGUGGGAGGUGUUUGAUGUCGACCGGGAGGAGCUUGGGUUUUUGGUUGUGGGAAUGAGAAGCACCGAGGGCUUCAUGCGGAGAGAGACGGAGGUGUGGAAGAACAAGGCGAUCCCUAUGGAGAUAGAUGAGGUUGAUGCGGAGGUUGAGCGACGACGGAUGAUGGACGAAGGUGAAUGA